AUGGAUUACCUGCUUGGGAUUGUAGUGCUGCUGUGCGGGGCGGUGCAGCCGGGGAGAGGAGCGGAGCCCAAGCACAACGUACCCAGGCUAAAGCUGUCAUACAAGGAGAUGCUGGAGUCGAGUAACCUCAUCACCUUCAACGGCUUGGCCAACAGUUCCAGUUACGACUCCUUCCUGCUGGAUGAGGAGCGAGGGAGGCUGCUGGUCGGAGCCGAGGACCACAUCUUCUCGUUUGACCUCGUCAAUAUUAACAGAGACAACAAGCAGAUUGCAUGGCCCGCCACCCCCUCUAAGAAGGAUGAAUGCAAAUGGGCAGGAAAGGACCUCGGGAAAGAGUGUUCUAACUUCAUCCGAGUGCUCCAGCCGUACAACCAGACCCAUCUGUACAUCUGCGGCACAGGAGCGUUUCACCCCAUCUGUGCUUAUCUGGAAAUGGGCAAGAGGGCAGAGGACAACAUCUUUCGCCUGGCUUCGCAUUUCGAGAACGGCCGCGGGAAAAGCCCCUACGACCCCAAAAUGCUCUCUGCCUCACUUCUGAUUGAUGGAGAACUGUACUCUGGCACAUCUGCUGAUUUCAUGGGAAGGGACUUCGCUAUUUUCCGUACGCUAGGAGAUCAUCAUCCAAUCAGAACCGAGCAGCAUGAUUCAAGAUGGCUGAAUGACCCCAGGUUCAUAGGUGUGCACUUGAUACCUGAGAGUGACAACCCCGAGGACGAUAAGAUCUUCCUCUUUUUCAAGGAGAAUGCGAUGGACGGCGAGCACACAGGGAAGGCUACCAUCGCCAGGAUAGGACAACUGUGUAAGAAUGACAUGGGAGGUCAUCGGAGCCUCGUGAACAAGUGGACCACUUUCCUCAAGGCCCGGCUAAUGUGUUCAGUCCCCGGGGUGAAUGGCAUCGAUACGCACUUCGACGAACUGCAGGACGUGUUUCUCAUGAGCUCCAAGGACCCAAAGAAUCCAGUCAUCUACGCUGUAUUCACCACAUCCAGUAACAUCUUUAAAGGCUCAGCAGUCUGUAUGUAUAACAUGGCAGACAUCAGGAGGGUGUUCCUGGGUCCCUAUGCCCACAGAGAUGGACCCAACUACCAAUGGGUGCCCUUCCAAGGGAGAGUUCCCUAUCCUCGCCCUGGCACAUGCCCCAGCAAGACAUUUGGAGGCUUUGACUCUACCAAGGACCUCCCGGAUGACGUGAUCACCUUCGCCAGGGGGCACCCUGCCAUGUACAACCCCGUUCACCCGAUCGGGGGGCGUCCCAUCAUGGUGCGGACGGACGUGGACUACCAGUUCUCUCAGCUGGUGGUGGACAGAGUGGAGGCGGAGGACGGGCAGUAUGACGUGAUGUUCAUCGGCACAGAUAUGGGAACGGUGCUGAAGGUGGUGACGAUCCCCAGAGAGAGCUGGCACGACCUAGAGGAGGUUGUGCUGGAGGAGAUGACUGUCUUUAGGGAGCCUACUGCCAUUACCGCGAUGGAGCUGUCAACCAAGCAGCAACAGCUGUACCUUGGCUCGGCGCUGGGUGUAUCGCAGAUGUCUUUACACCGGUGCGAGGUGUAUGGGAAAGCUUGCGCCGAGUGCUGCCUGGCCCGGGACCCUUAUUGUGCUUGGGAUGGUGCUGAGUGCUCGAGAUACUUUCCUACUGCCAAGAGGCGAACCAGACGACAAGACAUCAGAAAUGGAGAUCCUCUCUCCCAGUGCUCAGAUCUCCAGCAUCACGAUGACGUGGACGGCUUGGGAGGCAGCGUGGAGGACAGGAGUGUGUUCGGCGUGGAGAACAGCACCAUGUUCCUGGAGUGCAGCCCCAAGUCCCAGCGAGCGCUCAUCUACUGGCAGCUGCAGAAGCCCAACGACGAUCGCAAGCACGAGAUCAAGCUCGAUGACAGAGUGUUGCGUACUGACCAGGGUCUCCUGAUUCGCAGCCUGUCUCAGGCUGACACGGGGGUCUACCACUGCCAGGCGGUGGAGCACGGCUUCAUCCAGCCUCUGCUGCGCCUCAACCUGCAGGUCAUCCCCACCCAGCGGUUGGGCGACAUCCUGCCUGGACUCCCCGGUGUCGGAGGCGCCAUGGGCGGCACGGCCAAGCACCGGCUGUGGUACCGAGACUUCCUGUCUCUCUUGGACCACCCAGACCUGAACAGUGUGGAGGAGUUCUGCGAUCGGGUUUGGAAAAAAGAGCGCAAACAGAAAAGGGUAAAGACACCGAACGGCAACAGUCAGGGAAGACCUGACAGCGCAAGCGGCUCCACUGCGGCGUUACGGCCCAAAGCUUUGGCCCCUAAUGCUCAGAAGCAGCAAGCAAGUCCGCCUCAGGCCAAGCCGUGGCUGCAGGCCAGCGCUCCGACUGCAGAGGGGCCAACGCGGAGCCAGGGUGCCCAGAAAAGUCAACCAAAUCUGGGUAUGCUGAGUGGCCAGGGACCUAAGAACAGCCAGAAGACACAAAACGGCCAGAAGGGGCAGGGCAGCCUGGCCGGCUCUCAGGUUGUGGGGGGAUCUCGGGCGAACAGCCAACACGCAGCCAAGUGGAGACGCAUGCAGGAAAAUAAGAAGGGACGCAACAGGAGGACCCAUGAGCUCCAAAGACCCCCACGUAGCGUUUGAGGAAAAAAAAAAAAAAGCACAGAAAUGCACACAGU